AAAUUUCGUAUGGACUACAUGUGGGCUCACGCAUUUCAGACUUUUUAUCGACUCCAUGACCUAGCCACUGAUUGGGACCAAGCAAGACAAAUGUGUGAAGCUGAAGGCACAACACUUUUAAUUCCUUCUAGCUUAGAAGAAAUUGAGAACCUUAAAUUGCUAAUGAGUAACAUGAAAGCAUAUUAUACAGCUGUUUUUAUAGGCAUCCAUGACCAAUUCGCCGAUGGCCACUACGUCACUGUCAAAGGUGAGCCAAUAACCGGGACAGUAUUAGAACUUUUGUGGGCGGAAGGUCGACCGGAUAACUUCAAUGGCACGGAGCACUGUGUCGUCAUGUCUAGAGAAGGAUUAUUUGAUGAUCGACCGUGUGAUAAUGUUUUUCCAUUCGUCUGCAAAAUAUUAGCAAAUGAUACGCAAUAUAAUGAAGCAUGCGAUGGUUUUGAUUUGGGCUAUUCACCGCAUGGUGUCAUUACAAAUAAAUGCUAUAAAUUCCACUCUGAACCGUUAUCUUGGCAUGAUGCAUAUCUCGCCUGUAAAUUAGAAGAAGGACGCUUAGCUAUCAUUAACUCGCCUAAAGAAGCCAAUGUGUUUGUCAGUUUUCUGGGUGAACAUCUUAACAGUAAUACUCCGGACCCUAACAUACUGUACAUUGGUUUCAGCGACUUGAUGUUUCCAUAUCAAUAUCGAACUAUAGCUGGUGAAACUCUUGAAGAAGCUGGAUACGCAUCAUGGAGUCCUCUAAAAGAGAGUUUACAAACUUCAACAGAUAGACGCUGUGGUGCCAUCUCCAGAACUGGUUUUCUUGAAGUGACAUACUGUGACCGUCCGGCAAUGUUCUUGUGUGAAAAACUUCUUAACUCCACGAGUUGA